AACAAUCUGUUACUCACAAUAUGGAAUGCUUUACAGUGAGGGCAAGAGGAAAAAAGAAAAAGCAUACUGGAGCAAAGCAAAUAUCCAAUUUAUUUUUGAAUUACCAGAUAAAUUAUACUGCUUGGUCAUAUUUUGUUUUUUUGUUUUUUUAUGUGACCAUGCAACAACAGGGAUGGUGCGUAAAGUCAGUUAAGGCACAGAUGAGAAUUACGCAAAAGUACCCAUGACUGGAUGUUUUUUUUCUCGGUAGACUGAGAGGGAGCAGGGAUAACAGGAGCGAGGGAGAGAGAGCGAGAGAGUGGAGGGAGGGAGUCUGAAAUCUCCAGCUUCAGCAGUACCUGUUAGAGCGCUGGAUGGCCGAGUGAUCAGAUUAGAGGUGUCAGUGUUCGUUAAUCUGGGAGGCAGCGACAGACGGCCACACACGCUGCUUCCGCGCACAGCUCCAUUCAUCGGCGGCGAAGGGGAGCGCAGAAGAUUGGACAUUGACGCGCGUCGGGGAAUUUCCUCCCCUCUUUAUUUUUUUUCUCCUUUUUUUUUUUUCUCUUUUACUAUGGAUACCUGCAGGGUACGAUCCUGGCUGCUUCUGGUCCUGUUAUGUCAGGACGCUUGUUGGGCAUCGCAGUUCCCGACACCGCUCAUGAUUAAAGAAUGGGUUGAUCAGAUGCAGAAAGAGCUCGUCACCCUGGCAGACACGGCCACAGCUGGGAAAAGCCUCACUCAGAUUUUUGAGAGAAACGUGCACCUCUAUACCGUGGAGCAAAAUGAUGCGGAGGAGCUUGUGGCCAGAGCAGCGAGGAACAUAGAACAGCUGCUGCGGAAGAGGUCUGCUGCCUUGAAGAAACUGGCCACAGCUGCUGAGCAAUUCCAGAUGUCGCAUGCAUGGCAAAACGAGUUUGAGGAUGAUGAAAUUGCCUACUACAACGCAAAGGACAAUCUGGAUGCAAAUGAGACGGAGGGAAGAAAAUACAGGAUCCGUCCGGACUUUAAAGAGGACUCAUCAUUUAGACGUUUGACCGACCACAACCACACGGCUGUCCACAUUCCUACUGAUAUCUAUGAUGGCUCCACCAUUGUGCUGAAUGAGCUGAGCUGGACGGAGGCAUUGGAGGAUGUGUUCAGAAAGAACAGGGAGGAUGACCCCACCCUCCUCUGGCAGGUGUUUGGUAGUGCUACCGGCCUGGCCCGCUACUAUCCAGCCUCUCCCUGGAUGGAUGCUCGGAAGACCCCCAGUAAAAUUGAUCUCUAUGAUGUCCGCAGGAGGCCAUGGUACAUUCAAGGAGCUGCCUCACCCAAAGAUAUGCUAAUCCUCGUCGAUGCGAGUGGCAGUGUGUCUGGCUUGACUCUCAAACUGAUCAGGACCUCAGUCAGUGAGAUGCUGGAGACUCUGUCCGACGACGACUAUGUCAAUGUAGUUUAUUUUAACACCAGGGUGAAUAAGACGGCAUGCUUCGACCAUCUGGUUCAAGCCAACGUGAGGAACAAAAAGCUGCUGAAGGAUGCUGUGCAGAACAUCACAGCUAAAGGAAUUACAAACUACACAAAAGGCUUCGAGUUUGCUUUUGAGCAGCUCUCUGUGACUAAUGUGAGCAGAGCAAACUGCAACAAGAUCAUCAUGCUGUUUACUGACGGAGGAGAGGAAAGAGCUCAGGCCAUACUGGAGAAAUACAAUGCAGACAAAAAGGUGAGAAUCUUCACCUUCUCAGUAGGACAACACAACUAUGAUAAAGGACCCAUUCAGUGGAUGGCCUGCUCCAACAAAGGCUACUUCUAUGAGAUUCCUUCCAUUGGCGCCAUCAGAAUAAACACACAGGAGUACCUAGAUGUCUUGGGAAGACCCAUGGUUCUAGCAGACAAGCAGGCCAAACAGGUCCAAUGGACAAAUGUGUACCUUGAUGCUCUGGAACUGGGUCUGGUCAUCACUGGAACACUACCCGUCUUCAACAGAACCAAAUAUAUGGACGACAGGAAUGGCGAGAUUGGUCCAAAUGGAUAUUACUUUGCCAUUGAUCCCAACGGAUAUGUUCUGCUGCAUCCCAAUCUCCAACCGAAGAAUCCUAAAUUCCAGGAGCCUGUUACUCUGGACUUUCUGGAUGCCGAGCUGGAGAAUGACAUCAAAGUGGAGAUCAGGAAAAUGAUGAUUGAUGGUGAGACAGGAGAACAAACCAUUCACACUCUGGUGAAAACUCAGGAUGAGAGGUACAUAGACAGAGGAAUUAGGACGUACACAUGGGCACCAGUCAAUGGAACAGAUUACAGCCUGGCCCUCGUUUUGCCAAAAUACAGCGAACACUUCAUUCAAGCUAAACUGGGAGAAGACAUGAUACAAGCCAUGUCUAUGGAGACCGUACAGCCAGAGAGGUUUGAUGAGUUUGGGUACACCUACAUCGCUCCCAGGGAGUACUGCAAAGAGCUGAAGUUGUCAGUCAACAACACCCAGUUUCUCCUCGACUUCAACCAGUACAUUGAUAGAAACACUCCAGAUGCAUGUAAUGUAUCCCUCGUGAGCCGACUAAUCCUGGAUGCAGGUCUGACAGCUGAACUGGUUAAACUUUGGAACGAGCAGACAGUGGAUGGGAUAGUGGCCAGGUUUGUAGCAACAGAUGGAGGAAUCACAAGAGUCUAUCCAAGAAGCGCUGGGGAAGAGUGGACAGAGAAUCCAGAGACGUACGAGUCCAGCUUCUACAAGAGGACCCUGGACAAUGAAAUUUAUAUUUUUACAGCUCCAUCUUUCAACGCAGAGAGCAGGGAGCCGGUGUCUGAGUCAGGUAUUCUGGUAAGCAAAGCGGUUGACCUCGUCAUCGAUGAAGUCACGCUCAAACCAGCAGUGGUAGGAGUGAAACUCAAUGUCUCAUUCUGGAUGAACAGUUUCAUCAAUGCUACACUAAAACUGAAUUGCAAGGAUGAGAUUUGUGGCUGUCUGAGAAAUGACAAGCAUGUAGACUGUGUGAUACUGGAUGAUGGAGGAUUUCUUCUCAUGUCCAAUCAAGACGAAUAUAUUACCCUGAUAGGUCAGUUCUUUGGCGAGGUGGAUCCGGUGCUGAUGAUCAACCUCGUCAACACCUCUCUGUACUCCUUCAACAAGACCUAUGACUACCAGUCUGUGUGCGACCCGGAGAAAGACGGCAAGGCAGCAGCAGGACCGCGCUCAGUCUAUGUGCCUACCAUUGCAGACUUGCUCAGUAUCGGCUGGGUGGCCUCCAGUGCUGCCUGGUCGAUACUCCAGCAGCUCUUCUUCAGUCUCAUGUUCCCCAACCUUCUAGAAGCAGCCAAGAGGUAA